AGUUUGAUUAGAUAAACACAAUAUUACUUACUUCUUAUAACUUAACUCUUAAUUAGGCCUACGAACCGGUGCCCGAACAACCAGAAAAUGAUGCGAGUGACGCUGAAUCUGACAUCAUGAUAGGAAAUGAUACGGUAGAUGACGUCAAAAUAAUUCCACAAACGAAAGGAAUUCAUUCACCCCCAUCGAACAGCACGCCUAAGCUGCCACGUGAUGUCGACAAAGUCGCCCGCGAAGGCCAAACAGAAACCCAAGAACGUUCACAGGAAGCCACGCCGGAAGUGUUAAGUCGUCUGCAGACGGCUACUCAAAAAUCGCGCCAAUCCAAAAGCUCCCAGAAGAAAAAAGCGAGAUCUCGUUUGGGAAAGUUUGUUUUGAACUAUGAGAAAGGAAAAUAUUUCGACGAAGAGACGCUGUUGGACGAAGACAACGUGUUCAGCGCGUCCGUCAUAGCCGACGAGGCCACCGACGUCAUGGUGAUCAAUGAACACACGUUCAACGAGUUUGUCAAGUCGCAUCAGGAGAAAGAGACGACAACAAUGAUAAACUUCGUUGACAUGCAUCCGUUCUUCAGUGGUCUUCCUUUACACACACGUGGUAUGCUGCAGAUCGGACUGAAGAUUGAGCGCCAUCUUGCGGGAAACUUUAUCGUCAAGCAGGGCGAUGCCAUCAAUAGACUGGCUUUCAUAGUCAGCGGAAGUGCGGAGAUGAUCGUGGAGCCGAGCCGCCACCGCCUCCAGUACCCGACCUACUGGCCCUUCGAGGCGCUUGGGGACGUUUACUACAAUGAGUGCGAUUGGCUAAGAGAUUCCCGCCGGCGGUUCUAUCAGCGGCAGUACGAGUUUGGAGGGGAGGUUUCGAGACGGACGGCGCGAGAAAAUGGUGCCACUAAGAAACAGGAAGUGAGCAUUUGCGCCAUCCAGAGACGCGAGGUUCUCGGCAUAACGGAAAUCAUGCUAAAUCUGCGCACGCAUAUGGCCAGUAUGCGGUGCUUGCACGAUUGUGACGUGUACAUGCUGAACCUGAGGUCUUUCCGGAGGGUUAUCAAGCGCUACCCACACGCGGCUCACGUGAUAUGGGCAUACGUGCUGAUGAAGAUGCAGCACCGCCUCGACUCCAACCUCAGUGGCAAGGUUCCGCUCUUCAAGACGCUUUACACACUUGCCGAGAAAGAGGCGAAAGAGAAGGCGGAAGCAGUGAGUGUUACGCUGAACGUGGAGCGGCAGCGGCAGCGGGAGUCGGUCAUGUUGGAGCUGCUCGAGUACUUUAAGCAGGACAAGGCGGCCCUAGCGCCACACAGCGAUCCCCGGGCGCUCAUGUACAAAGAGCUGAUGAAGGAGCGGGCGGCGCUGAGGAAGAGCAUUCGGGAGAGGACGCAGGAGUUUGGGGCGCCGGCUCCAAAGUACGUGAGGCGAGGCUGCCUGGCAUCGGUGAAGAACGGCCGGAAGCCGCUGAGUCUGCACCAGCUGCGCGACCCUAUGAGCGAGCUGAUGGUGAAACUGCGCAUGGAGGGAACCUUCGUGUCCAGUCAGAAGGAACUCGAGGACAUGAUAAUGAGGUUUUCCGUGACGCCAGUCAGCAAUGACGUCGACGUGUCCAACCAAGCAGAACGCGUGUUGGACGAGGAAUAUAACGUUCUUAGAUACCGUCGCUAUGGUAACCGCCUUGUGCGUAACUUCGCCAAAAUGAUGGAUCGGCGAGACCCGCGCGUGCUGUUGAGCACGAGGAACCGGGAUUACACCUCGUUGCUGGACGAUGGUAUGUCAGAACCGGAUAUGACGACACUGAUUCGUGACGUAAUAGACGAAGAAGAUGAGUUUUUCGAGAAGUUCGAUCCAGCGUACACCAGCACACGUCCGGCGACCUUCAAAACUGGCUGCAGAAGUCGGACGACCUUACACCCAACAAGACCAACCACGAAUAAAAGCGCUUUUACGAGACCAACCACGUAUAAAGGCGCUCUAACGAGGCCAACCACGUAUAAAAGCGCCGCCAGUACCAAUACAUAUAAAACACUACAGUUUGACCGUCGAAGCGUGACGCCUAACACCCUGGAGAACCGUAUUCGAGAGUUUCACUACAAGUAUGGAGGGACGGAUGAGGAGCUGGAUCGACUUCCUGUCAUGAAGAACCAUAGAGACUUCUGGAUCAACCCAGACGAGAAGCCGGUUCCCGGCGGGAAAGUGUUCGUCACCGUAGUUCCGUGCGUCUCGUGCAAUAAGAACGUGCUGCUCAAGAACCACAACCACAUUCGAUGUCAGAUGUUGCACUCUCUACCCAUGGACCGAGUGAAGAAUUAUAAACCCAUGUAG